UUUUCUAAAACAAUCUAAAAACAAAUAAAAAUAAACAUAUUAAUUACUAAUUAAUUUUUUUUUUCAAAUCAUCUAAACUUAAUUGCCAGUGAAAGGAAAUUUAAAUACAAAAAAAUAAGCGGGAGAGAAAAAAAAUGCCAAUGACGCUUCGUAUUUGACAACACAAAAAUACACACAUAUAUAUACACACAGAUAUACUGUAUAUAUAUUAUAAACAUAUAUUGACAUAUGUAUGUUUGGCAGUAGGGAAUUCAAAAAUUUAAAAAUGAUUCAUUUGUGCGGCGGUAAUUUCGAAUGAAACUUUUUUUACAAAGCUGUAAAUUUUAUUAUAAAAAUUUCAUAUAUUUUAUAUUUAUUGUAAAAACGUUCAUAACCUGUAUGAAAAGGUCGCACCAGCUUACAUUCCUGUACCUUCGUGAUAACGAGGGUUUAAAAUUAUAAAAAUGGUCAAUGAACAAGAUAGAGAAGGCCAAGUGAUAAUUCCACUACAGUACAAUAAUGCACACUGGAAAAGUACAUUUGAAAAAUACGACCUGGAUGGUGAUGGUAAAAUAUCAUAUCAUGAAUUAAAAGAAAUGAUAAGAGGCUCAACAUAUAAUGACGACAUUCCUCCAAGAGUUGUGAGAAUAAUAAUGCAGAAAGCUGAUUUAAAUGACUCUGGCUAUUUAGAGUAUCCAGAAUUCAUAGCAAUGAUCCAUAGAAAAGAUAUGCAAGGAGUAUUUGGGCAUUUUUUAAGUCGCUAUGUCCAUAAUAUGGUACCACAAAGACCGUGUCUUGAGACACAAUACAGCGUAAGGCCAUCUGGUGAUUUUCCUGACGGUCUUUAUGAAGAAGAGUACAGUUGCAAGCCACCAGCAAUUGCUAUGAUCAUAAUAUCAAUUAUUGAAAUUAUUUUAUAUCUGUAUGAUGUAAUCGUAGACAAGGUUAUAGAUGGUCCAGCAUCGACAUUAUUUAUUUAUAAUCCUCAUAAAAGAUAUCAAGCUUGGAGAUAUUUCACUUACAUGUUCGUCCAUGCUAGUGUAUUUCAUAUAGUGGUUAAUCUACUGGUACAAAUAAUGCUGGGAAUACCCUUGGAGAUGGUCCACAAAUGGUGGCGAGUAUUGAUAAUAUAUUUAGCUGGAGUUGUUGCUGGUUCUCUUGGGACAUCUGUGUCAGAUCCAAAGGUAUAUCUUGCUGGUGCAUCUGGUGGUGUCUAUGCGCUUAUUACCGCUCACGUCGCUACGAUAAUAAUGAACUGGCGGCAAAUGGAAUUCGCUGUACUACAGCUGUGUGUUUUUAUAAUUGUAACUGCGGUUGAUGUUGGCCAGGCAAUUUACAACAGAUAUGUACUGGAGACCAAAGAUCAAAUCGGUUAUGUUGCUCACUUUGCUGGUGCUAUUGCUGGAUUACUUGUUGGUAUUAAUGUUUUACGUAAUCUUGAAGUACAAACAUGGGAAAAAGCCGUCUGGUGGGCUAGUAUUUUUACUUAUAUUGCGCUUAUGACUGCUGCUAUUCUAUGGAACGCAUUGUAUCCAUCAUAUUUUCCCGAGCCUUUUUAUGAUUCGUAGUAAUUGUUUAUUGUUUAUAUUUAUAUAAACUUAAGGCAUUCCCAGACAAUCUCUCCCCACUUUUUAAAAAUAUGCGAUUGCUUUCAACUGUCAGCGUAUCAAACUUUCAUCAAUUAAUUUAAAAAAAAUUAAAAGAUUAAUUGAAAAAAGGAAAAUUUUGGUGAUAUAAUUUUAAAACAAAAUUACUCUUAGUUGUUAUCAAUUAAGGGGGGAAAGGGGUCUGAGAUACAAAAAAAGAGCAUAUUUUUGUGAUUUUUUUUUCAGAGUACGUUCGUUAUUAAAAUUCUUAAAAUUUAUGAGAUUAUCAAGCAUCAUUCCAAAAAUAUUCUGCUAAAUUUUUAUAAAAAAAUAUUGAAAAAUAAGCCGGUGGUAGUGAGGAGAGACGAAUCACCUCAAAAAGUCUCUAUGCCGUAGGCAGGAUAACUCAUGACUACCUCACCUGAAAUAAAAAACCAAAAAGAUUUCUUUAGUACAUAAGUUUAUUUUGGAUUUGAAUGAAAAAAUAAACAAAAUGAAUAUUUAUUCAUUUUUGAAUUUUUGGUAAAGGUGCAAUCAAAAACUUAUGAUUUUUGCCAAAAAUUCUUCCUUUUGUUUAAUUGAAAAAUAAGUAGUUAUUAAAAAAAAAAUCCUUCAUUCAGAUCUAAGAUAAACUUAUGUACUAAAGAAAUCUUUUUGGUUUUUUUAUUUCAGAUGAGGCAGUCAUGAGUUAUCCUGCCUUCGGCAUGUAGACUUUCUUUUGAGGUGACUCGGCUCUCCCCACUACCACUAGCUUAUUUUUCAAUAUUUUUUCAUGAAAAUUUAGCAGAACAUUCUUGGAAUGAUGCUUAAUAAUCUCACUAAUUUUAAGAAUUUCAAUAACGAACGUACUCUGGAAAAAAAAAUCACAAAAA